AAAAACUACAAAUAUGGCCGGACCGGGAAUACGUCUAUAAACUGCGACGAACCGCCCCUUCUUCCUUCUUUUCAGUGCUCUGUCGCGUUUGAGCAGGACCUUCAAUAUGAGGUGAGAGAAAAUUACAUCAAAUAAAGUCUAACAAGAAGUGAGAAAUGUUAUAUUGUCGUCAGUGAUCCGUUUAAGACUUACUCAAACUCAGCAGUAUAACCGUGUUCACUUUGAACCUCAUGAGCAAUUUGUGGAGUCUAGCUACAGAAGCUAACUACUUCUGCCAUAGUGCAACUAGCUUGAAUGCUAACACUACGGACAAAUCCACAUCCAUCUAACAUGAAAUCAUAAUCCUUUAUGUUCCGAACUGAAUUAAAUAGUGCCGUACAUAACUGGAAAUGGUUCAUGUUGUAAUAGUUGUGAUUUGUACAUUUAACUGGCUUUUAUAAGUCUACUCGAUAGGCUACCGGUUUUGUCGACUACUGGAUAGAACUUGCUAUGGCGUCAAGUUAGUAAAGCUGAAUGUGGGAUGUGGGGACGCUAAUAUUAAUUCAUCACAUGGCAAAAAAAUAGUAUGUAUAAUUCUGUACGCUGACUUUGGCAUUCUGACUCAAUGACAUGUGUUUAAUUACAGCAAGGUAUCCAGGGAUAUGCUUUAUGAGGUGGUCAAGGAGGUCCAGGCGGGAUCUCUGGCCAAGCCACGCAAGUAAGACCCUUUCCCUUCUCUAGUGUUCUCUUAGCAAAGUUUGCACAUUGGUUUGUCCAAUUUGAUAAAAUACUGAAUGUUAUUUGUCACAACCCCUAAUUUAGUUAAAUCUCACAUUGAUGGUCUUGAUUUGUUUGCUUUGUUGUCCUAAAGGUUCACAGAGUCCGUAGAGCUCCAGAUCAGCUUGAAGAACUACGAUCCCCAGAAGGACAAGCGUUUCUCUGGCACAGUCAGGUUUGGCCCCUUUCCCAUAUCACCCAUCCUUCUGCCUGUCUGCCCCGUCUAGUCCUGAAUGUGAACGGGCAUGGUUCGGCCCCUUGAUCUGGACAUUCUAAACUCACUGACUCAAACCCAGUAUAUUUUAUGCACACUCAAGAUCCACACUUAUCUAGUAAUGUACAAUCUCUCAAACCACACUCUUGCAGCAUAUCUCAUACACAUUCACUAACUCAUACAGAAACUCCAUUCCAAUAGCAGGGCUGUUGUGGGGUGUUCUGGGUAGUCUGACUGAGCCUCGCCCUGGGGGAGGGAUCCAGCGGACGGACCCCUACCCUGGGUCUUAAAACAUGAGGGGAGGCAGACAGUGGGGUCUUCGUGCCCCCCUCGAGCCGACCAUUUUAGGUAAUGGUGUUGCUGGUGGAGUCCAGAAGAGAAGCCAGUCUGUGUGGUUCUGGGAAGACUCCAGAGUACUCUUCUCUGGUAUGAGUCGUCCAUCUGGGUUUGGAACUUGUCCGUUUUGGGGAGUCACUGGAUGGCCAUGUUGGGAAGGGCGGAAGUGACUAUUGUCUAGUCAGGAAGGACAUAAGCUAGUGGUGUAACAUUGACAUUUUAGUCAUUUAGCAGAUGCUCUUAUCCAGAGCGACUUACAAUUAGUGAGUGCAUACAUUUUUCAUACUGGAUGUUAAGGAUUCAGGUUUGGGAAAGGAUGGGGUAAAGUUAGGUUUAGCCUUUUACUGCAGUCAGCUAAAUCAGGGUCACACAGUGAUUCUUGGUAGUCUUAAACAAAUCUACUUUGAAACAAAAGUAUACACCUCACGUACAUAUUUGUGGGCAUAAAAAGACCUGUACCAUGUCCGAUAUAGUUGAAAUGUAUUAAAUUCCCAACAUUACACUUUAUAUACAUCACAGAAGACUGAAAUAUAUUAGCUGUUUGAUGUAGAAGAAAAUCUUUAUUAAUGAUGAAAUUAUGAAAAAUAUUUACAUUCCAGCCAUGAGGCCAAAGGGCAGUUUUGGUCAUUGACUGCAGGAAAGGGCUACGGGUUAGAAUGUCUUUAGUUGCGUGUCCAUUCUAGCAUGGCCAUAUGGUGAGGCCCCUCCAUUAUGUGGUUUGAACAUUACUGGGGUGACAUGGUUGUCAACUGUUCUGAAUUGCCCCUGUAGACUGAAGACCACCCCCAGGCCCAAGUUCUCUGUGUGCAUCCUGGGAGACCAGCAGCAUUGUGACGAGGCCAAGGCUGCAGAGCUGCCACACAUGGACAUUGAGGCCCUCAAGAAACUCAACAAGAACAAGAAAAUGGUCAAGAAACUGGGUGAGUGGCGCUUCAAGUCACUUCCAGAUAGUCUCCGUCUUAUGAUCUGUCUUGCUAUUGUUUUUCCGCAUUUAAAUGAGUCUUAGAUGGAUCUUGAUCGUUCUCUUCUUGGCCCCAACAGCUAAGAAGUACGACGCCUUCCUGGCCUCUGAGUCUCUGAUCAAGCAGAUCCCUCGUAUCCUGGGGCCUGGGCUCAACAAGGCUGGCAAGUUCCCCUCCCUGCUCACCCACAACGAGAACCUCAAUGUCAAGGUUGAUGAGGUCAAAUCCACCAUCAAGUUCCAGAUGAAGAAGGUGUGUAGUUUUAUUCCAGAUGUUACAUGAUUGAUGCAUGCAGUCUGUAGGAUCAAUGCGUUUUUUAUGUAGGCCACCUGUUAAUUUACAUUUUAGUCAUUUAGCAGACACUCUUAUCCAGAGUGACUUACAGAAGCAAUUAGGGUUAAGUGCCUUGCUGAAGGGCACAUCGACAGAUCUUUCACCUAGUCGGCUCGGUGAUUCGAACCAGUGACCUUUCGGUUACUGGCCCAAUGCUCUUAACCGCUAGGCUACCUGCCUUUGUAACAUGACCCAAUCUCCUCGCCGCUCUAUUCCAGGUGCUGUGUCUGGCGGUGGCUGUGGGUCACGUGAAGAUGUCAGAGGAGGAGCUGGUCUACAACAUCCACUUGGCAGUUAACUUCUUGGUGUCUCUGCUGAAGAAGAACUGGCAGAACGUCCGUGCCCUCUACGUCAAGAGCACCAUGGGAAAGCCCCAGCGCCUCUACUAG